UCGUAGCAAAGAAGUUUUCGAAUUUUUGCUGUAAAAAUGCAUUAAAUUUAGUGAAAUUUCCGUGCAAUUCAGCUAGAAAUGAUUUGAAAUUAGUCCCCAGGCUGUUAUUUACAUGGUAGUGUACAUUUUACGAUUGUUCAUUGAAACGCUGAGCUAAACAUUCUUGCCGAAAAAAAUGACGCUGGAUUCUUACGACAAGCUGCUUGGGACCGUCCUGCAGGAGUACAAAAUACUAAGCGAAUACAAACGAUUGCAAAACGAGGAUUUGGCAGGAAUCUAUGUGAUUCCGUCGUUUGAAAACAGUUUUCUAUGGUUUGGAGUGAUAUUUGUUCGCAGCGGUCCCUACAAGGAUGGUGUUUUUCGAUUCACGCUGAGUCUGCCGGAAAAAUUUCCGAAUGAUGCCACCGUGCCGACCGUCGUAUUCCAAAGCGAAACGUUUCACCCCCUGAUCGAUCCGUACAACGGAACGCUCGAGCUGACCGAGGCCUUCCCAAAGUGGAAAUCGGGCGAUAACCACGUUUGGCAGCUGCUCAAAUUUAUCCAGUACAUAUUCGCCAGCUUCGACGAGUAUAUGUCGCUGGCCGAGCAGAGCGCCAACAAUGUGGCCUACGAACUGUACGGCCAAAACCGGUCGGAAUUUCUCCGCAAAGUGGAGGAAUGUGUGCGGCUCAGCCAGAGCCGGCUGUACGAUCCGGCCCCGGUGCAAGAUCGCAACUACAUAGUGUUCGAUCGGUUUGACAAGGAUAUCCACGGGCCGGUACUGGAGUCGCUGAAGCAGGGCAGGGCGAACGAGGUCUCGACUCCGCCCUCGUCCGGCCUUUCGUGGGUCAAAGAAGGGGUGUUUCAACCGCUGAGCAAACAAGGUUAAUGGGCGUUGGUUGGGGAGCAUUCUCGUUAAUACAUAAUCCAAUUCAAAAGUUCAUUUCGAGAGAUGUUUAAUUAUUCCCACUUCUAUGGUUGUUAUGUACACUACCCGUCAUAAAUACGGACUCACAAAAAGUAUUGCAACAAUAUUGCAUCACCCUGACUCACCUCGAUAUCUCUAAAACCAGAACACCUACAAAAAUGCCACCUUCAGAAAAGUUGUUACUUUUGGUCUUCUGAAUAACUUUCCUGAAGACAGCAUCUCUGUAAGUCCUCAGGUUUUGGAGAUAUCGAGGUGAGUCAGGGCGAUGCAAUAUUGUUGUAAUACUUUUUGUGAGUCCGUACUUAUGACGGGUAGUGUAAGUUCUCCAAGCGUGGAAGAAUUUCAAGGGUUUAACUAUUUCUAAAAUAUAUCGAGUAUUCAUAGCUCGAUUUGAAGGCAAGAUUGAACGGGAAUGUUCUACCAAAAUUCUACAUAAGUUCAAAGAAGGUUUUGUAGAGGUCGAGGAGGAUCAAAUGACUAUUUAUUUAUUGAGAAUGUAACUAGGAUGAACAAAACAUGGCAAUAAUAUUCGCUAAUUAUACGUAUUUAGAUUAAACUAGAUAAUUUAAACAACGAUCAUCA